CUGAAUAAUUAAAGAAUCCCGUCCAGCAUUCCGCGCAAAUUUGUCACACUGAUUUGCUGGUUCGAUAGUGCACGUCGCGUCGUCAUCGUCGUCGUUGUCGCCCAAUCAGGGAAAGUCAGACAAUUGAAACUGCAUAAACGGCUCUGGCUGGCUGGUGCCGUUGUUGUUCCAGAAGAAAGAUAGUCACAGACCGUGUGGUGGCUGGCAGAAGAAAGUAGUGUGGACUUACCAUGCUGAUUGCAAUGACCGACACGCACCGAUGAGCGACGAAGGCGCGGUGGCCAUCCACGGUGCCUUGAAGAGGCCGUUCAAACGGUAUGGCCGGUAAUGGCACUUCAACUGGACACCCGCACUUCAGUUUAGCAGUUGCGAUUCUUGGCAACCGAAGCGUCAAUCGAACUUCUCCCGACAUAUUAGUGGAAAGUGGCCUCCGGGAAUAGUGCAAGUGAAUCUACGACAUUAGAGAAUCUAAUUAAAAUUGUGUGAUAUAAUAUGUGAUAGCGGGAGCGGGUAUAAACAGUGCUGUUUAGAAGAGGAAACCAAAGCGGAAACUCUUAUCACUAGUAGUCGAAUGAUAAGUAUUUGCACGAAAUGUUCUAUGGCUAAAUGGCACAUGGUACUAUUACAGAGAUGAUUGAUAGCGUCGGAGAAUAUACAUCGAAAAGACUGAUAAUACUUAUCGCAACAACGUUACACCUUGCGCACAUCGCCCAUGCUGGACCGGUAAUAGUUCGCCAGCCGCGAAGCGAUUUCGUCGUCGGUACUUGCACGUGGGUCGUCGAACGGCCCUGUCCCGAUCAGGACAUAAAAUUCUAUCUAUUCACCCGGUCCAACCCGGAGGACCGACAGUACGUCCACAUCGACGAAACGUUGGAAAAAUCGAAUCUCAGCUCAUCGUAUUUCAACCCAUCGCUUCCUACGAAGGUUAUCAUCCACGGGUACAAUGGGGACAUGUUUCUGGAACCAUUGAUAAAAAUGAAAGGAGAAUACCUCAAUCGAGGUAGCUACAACCUGUUCUACGUAGAUUGGAGUGUGCUUGGCCCAGGACCAUGCUAUCCUUCCGCGGUGCACAAUACGAAACACGUUGGUACCUGCAUCGCUCAGUUGGUUCAACGGAUCUUAGACAUUGGUACGGACAACGUCCACCUAAUUGGAUUCUCAUUGGGUGCCCAAGUAACCAACUAUGCAUCGGUAAAACUACGCCCAUUCAAACUAAGACGAAUAAGUGGUCUGGAUCCGGCAAUGCCCUUGUUCAUCACCGCGGACAAAGAUGACAAACUGGACCAGACGGAUGCGAGUUUUGUGGAUGUAAUCCAUACGAAUGCAUUAGUGCAAGGCAAAAUCGAGCGAUGUGGACAUGUGGACUUCUACAUGAACGGUGGUAUCAUACAGCCUGGAUGCUGGGCAGGUGGACAAAAUCCUAUGGCUUGCAGUCAUCAUAGGGCUCCGGACUAUUUUGCCGAAUCCAUCAGGAGUCUUACCGGGUUCUGGGGCUGGAAAUGCGAAAGCUACAUUUACUACCUGCUUGGAUUUUGUCCGCACAAUAACCACCAAGUGGUUGCCGGUGAGGACUGCAUUGUGGGUACCGAAGGAAUGUUCAUGAUAACGACGAAUGCAGAUUCGCCCUUUGCCAUUGGCCGGUGGACAGAUGCCAUGGGUUUGCUGAAGACCCCUAACGCACUGAACAAAUUCAGCCUUAAGCGAGAUCCAUUCAUCAGCGAUAUUGACCAAUGGGGCAAACUGGAGGGAAACUUCAACAACGUGGAACAACUUCCGACGCCGUACUCUCAGGAUCCGAAUGGGGACGAUUGGCCGUACUUUAAUCACAUUGGAACAAACAAACUUACCAAAGAUUACAUUAAGAAAAUAAUCGAACAGGACAACGAUCGAUACGAUGAAUCCACCGGAGACAAUGCUGCAGCGCAUUUGAAUCUGCUCAAACACGCCGGAAUGAGUAACGCCAUCAACCAAAACGAGGGACUGAGUGAUUUCCGGAAACGGCUUCAACUGAAAGAAGCCAGCGUAGUGGAGCAGUACUCGUCGCCGAUGUACAAUCCAUUCUAGAACGGUUGUGUUAACAUGUUACACGAAUAAACUGGUUAAAAAUGA